AUGGAACACACCCACCCGAAUGACCCGACCCCUCACUUGGCCAUGAUACCCACGCCUGGGAUGGGUCACAUUAUCCCACUCACCGAGUUCGCCAAGCAACUCGUUCUCCGUCAUCGGUUUACCAUCACACUCAUCGUCCUCAAUGACGGCUCGCCCAUGACGGCCCAACAAUUGCUUCUCCGAUCCUUACCCAAAACCAUUACCUCCAUUUUCCUUCCGCCCGUCAGCUUCGACGACCUCCCUUCUGACGUUAGAAUCGAAACUCGAAUCUCACUCAGCUUAACACGGUCCCUUUCCGACAUACGCAAAUCAAUCCAAUCACUACGCAGGUCGACCCGACUCGUGGGCCUCGUCACGGACCUCUUCGGCACAGAUCCCUUCGACGUAGCUAAGGAAAUUGGCAUUCCUUCCUACAUUUUCUUCCCCACAACUGCCAUGGUUCUGUCAUCGUUCUUCCACAUGCCGGAGCUCGAUGUCAUAUGCUCCUGCGAGUUCAGGGACCUUCCCGACCCGAUUCAAUUAUCCGGGUGUAUACCAAUUCAUGGUAGAGACCUAAUUGACCCGGUUCAAGACAGAAAGGACGAGGCCUACAAGUGGGUUCUUCACCACGCCAAAAGGUACGCUCUCGCAGAUGGAAUAGUGGUCAACAGCUUCUUUGACCUAGAACCAGGCACUUUUAAGGCUUUAAACGCCGAGGGACAGCAAGACCGACCGCCAGUUUACCCUAUUGGACCGCUCACACAAUCCGGUUCGACAACUAAACUGAGUCUUGAAGACGAGUUCGGUUGUCUGCGGUGGCUAGAUGAGCAGCCACGUGGCUCGGUGUUGUUCGCGUCAUUUGGAAGCGGUGGGACCCUGUCCUUGAAGCAAAUCCACGAGUUGGCACUGGGCUUGGAGAUGAGCGGGCAGAGGUUCCUUUGGGUUGUGAGAAGCCCAAACGAGAGGGCUGCGAACGGCACCUUCUUUGGGGCCCAAAACAAGGAGGACCCGUUGAGUUUCUUGCCGGAGGGGUUCUUGGGCCGGACUCAGAAAUUGGGCUUCGUUGUGCCGUCGUGGGCUCCGCAGGUUCAAGUCCUGGCCCAUGAGUCCACAGGUGGGUUCUUGAGCCAUUGCGGGUGGAACUCGACCCUGGAGAGCAUAGUGCACGGGGUGCCGAUGGCGGCGUGGCCGCUCUACGCGGAGCAGAGGAUGAACGCCGCCAUGCUGCGGGGGUUGGGGGCGGCGGCGAUGGUGGAAGCCGACGAGCAAGGGGUGGUGCAGCGGGGAGAUAUCGCGAAGUGCGUGAGGGGAAUAAUUGAAGGAGACGAAGGGCGGGUGCUGAGGAAGAAGAUGGGGGAGUUUAGGGACGCUGCCCAAUUGGCUCUGAGCAGGGACGGGUCCUCCACAAAGGCACUUGAUGAGGUGGCACAAAUAUGGAAAAAUCAAAAAUAA